GACGGCGCGCUAUGUGACUGAGAGGUGGCUGCCGUGCGCUGUGGGCAGUGAUGAUGUCUGGCCCAGCUGGAGGGUCCAGUUGGAUUUACGUUCUACUGCUCGGCGCUUUCCGAGUCGGUAUCGCCGCCGAGGUGUCAAAAUGGAGUAUAUCUGUUACCGAGCUUGUUUCUAAUCAUACCUUCAGGAAGACUCUUUUCAAUGAUACUACAAUUUCCUUACACUUUUACAGUGAAAAAGAAUGUGAUUCUUCGCUGUCUUUUAAUAUCUCCUGGUACCUCAGGUAUUCACAUUGCUACAAUGAAGUGUUCAACAUGCCAGAUGAGCAGAAUAAUGUAUACUUUGAAAGUAACAGAGAAAUCAAUCCAGGAUGGUCUGGAAGCUAUGCUCAAAAUCACUUCAUUGUUGAGAACUGCACAGAGCUCUUUAAGCCACAGACCUACAACCCAUCUUUGAUCCAGGUGAAGAAAUUGGAGCCUCUGAAAGGGAAUCUAAUAAAUACACAAGAAAAUGACAAAGACAAUAGGACAGUAGCAACUGUUGCAUCUCCUGUCCUUGGACAUGAGGUUCCUGGCAUAUUUAGAAGUUGGGAAGAUGGACCAUAUUUGUUCAUAAUUAAAAUCAAAGCAUUGCAGACAAAGAAUCAAGAAAGCAAUAAAGACAUCAAAUCCACAGGAAAAGCAACUGUUCCAGUGACGAAUGAUGCCAAGGUCAAGCCAAAGGCGAAAAGGGAGGUUGAAGCAGCAAAACAGGCCGGGUUGUCACUCACAAUGGUUGUUGAAAUGAAAGGACAAAAUGAGUACAUCUCCCCAGCAGACUGGCCUCUCAUGAUGUUUUUUAUGGUGAUGUGUAUUGUCUACGUGCUGUUUGGAGCGCUGUGGCUUUUUUGGUCUGCUUGCUACUGGAGGGACCUGUUGCGCAUCCAGUUCUGGAUUGGUGCAGUCAUCUUCCUGGGAAUGUUGGAGAAGGCAGUCUUUUACGCAGAGUAUCAGAAUAUCCGCUACAAGGGCGAGUCAGUGCAAGGAGCAGUGAUUUUUGCAGAAUUACUCUCAGCGCUGAAGCGUUCCUUGGCUCGUGUUCUGGUUAUUAUAGUCAGUCUUGGCUAUGGAAUUGUGAAGCCUCGUUUGGGAGCUAUGCUGCACAGGGUCAUUGGUGUCGGCAUCCUGUAUUUAAUUUUCUCAGCAAUAGAAGGCAAUCUUCGAGUUACUGAAGCCCCACUUGUUACCUUGGCUCUUAUAGGGAACAUCAGCCUUUCAAUCAUCGACUCAUGUAUACUCUGGUGGAUUUUUAUCAGCUUGACCCAAACAAUGAAGAUGUUAAAACUGAGAAGGAAUGUUGUGAAGCUGUCCUUAUACAGACAUUUCACGAACACACUUAUCUUCGCUGUCAUAGCAUCAAUAUUUUUCAUCAUUUGGACAACAAAGAAGUUCCGGCUUGCAGACUGUCAAUCGGACUGGAGAGAACGGUGGAUAGAUGAUGCAUUCUGGCGAUUGCUCUUUUCUGUCAUCCUGUUGGUCAUCAUCAUCUUGUGGAGGCCAUCAGCAAACAACCAAAGGUUUGCCUUCACUCCUCUUGCUGAUGAUGAUUAUGAUGAAGAAGUUAAGGAGCCAAUGCUUAAUGAAGCUUUCGAGGGAAUGAAGAUGCGAGGUACAAAAGCAGAAUCCAAUGGCACUGCAAAACUAAAUAAAGUGGAUGAAGAUCUGAAGUGGGUUGAGGAGAAUGUCCCAUCUUCCAUGGCAGAUGUAGCUCUUCCUGCCCUCCUGGACUCGGAUGAGGAAAUUAUGACCACAAAAUUUGAGAUUUCGAAAAUGGAGUGAAAAUGGAAUGAAAACACUACUCUUGUAUUUGAAGCAAUAGCUGUUGAGGAGAGUACACCUUCAGUCUGCACAAAAGCACUGGAAUUGUACAGUGUCACAUAGUUUCAGUAGG